CGGAAUUGCUUCUUCUGCUCUUCCAGUUCGAUGCCCUCUCACUGCUCAUGUCCAUCCCUUAUCAACAGUACUACAAUGACCACCUGAAAUCAUUUCGGCAACAUCUCAAGGGUGUCGUCAGCCAAUCAACUCCGUUCGCGCAUUGGACUGCCGAUGAAAUCGACCUCUUCUUCCAUUCGCUCGCUGUACAUUCGCGCAUUAGACCAGACCUCAUCGCGGAGUCGAUACCAUCCAAGUCGCUAAGCGACGUUUGUGCGUAUCUUAACGCACUGGAUACGGCAGCGCAAGCGCAUGAGCACGCUAGUCGAACCGAUCUCCCCAUCGCCAUGUCUGUUUCCGAGGCGUGGGUUGCCUUUGAGGAAGAUCAUGCUGCUCAGCUAGUGCGGCGUGAAAAAAACAUCGGCUUUGAUGAGCGGGAUGAACCUGGGAUGGAUGCGAGGAUUCCCGCUGUGCUAGACACGCUGCAUCUGCAAGCGCUGAACAAACUGCUCAGAGACGAAGCUCCCGCAACAUCCGUUGACCCGUCGCGCGAUCCAUCUCCAUCUUCGUCCCGAGCUGUCUCCCCGGACCCUGUCGACUCUAGGGCGUUGAGCCCUGCUUCCCGUCGACGGAUCAACAAUCGUCUGCGCAUGCGUCAACGGCGGGCCGCGGCCUCAGGAAUGGCAGCGAAUCUGGAGACAUCCAGGCUCCAGCCCGGUCGGAAACCGACUAAGGUUUACGUUCCGAAAGUCAGAGCGAAGACUUAUACAAAAUACGAUAAACUCGGAACCAGCGUCGAGCCUGAAGGCGACAACGUACUCAUCAAACCCAGUGGCUUACACGCAGGAUAUCGUGUGUUGAAAGACCUGCGGGACUCGGGUCUGGGUCCGGAAUCACUUGCAAAACUGGGUUUUGACAUGUUCAACUUCAAGAGAUUGGAGACGCUUGUUGGCGAGCACCACACGAUAACGAAACGAACAAUUCAUCUUCUGCAAGAAAUCCUCGUGGAUUUUACCGCUGACGUUCUGUUCCAUACAAUCUUAUUGCACGAGCAAGAUGUGACGCUGAAGGGAGGAAAGAAAGUCUGGCGAGCGGCAGAAGAUGGGGUUGACGCUCGAAAAAUCAUCGCUGCACUCGAAAUCAAGGGCUUUCGGCUUUCCCCGGAUCACGAUGAGCAAGUUGAAGACAAGGAUCUAGAGAUGAUCGAGGAAGAAACACCGUUGCCGGUUCCUUCUCCCGUUUGGCUUCCCGCGUCAUACGAAGCACUUGAUGAAGCCCUGGAAUCUGAAUCGGACAGUGAGUGGGCAGUGGAGAUCGAGGAGGAGAUUGCUCUCGACGACGCAGAUCGCGUUCUGGAAAACGAGUGUGAAUCCGGCCUGUGGCAGACGAUAGCACACAUCGAUAGACCCGACGUGUAUAUUAGACAAGGAUAAUCUACACAGCAACGUACCCUCCCCGACUAGCCGAACGUCGCGGCCGAACACAAAGAUGUGAUAUGACAUCCUUGAACAUGUACGGCACUUCGUUCCAGAAAUCACGGUGAGGAUGAGAUCGAGGCCCCGGGAGCCAUAGUUAGUAUAGUUGUAGUACGCUCCGAAUCCCAUAUAAGCAGCAAAUGCGAUGACCAGUCUGUUGCAACAUGUCAGAACAAGCGGUCAGCUCCCAGAGAUGGAAGGAACGCACAGUAACAGAAACCAUCCAACGGAAGAUAGCCCUGAGGAGCUGGAGGGCACUUUGGGAUCCUCCUUCUCCUCUUCGUGGUCCGGCGGUGCUUCGCCCCCAUUAUCGCUCUUGAAGCCACAUCCUGCACGGGUCGACCACUCCACCUCGAGUCGCGCACCGUCGUACGACUUGAAUACAGGUUCGCCUUCGUUGGUGGGAUCGCAUAGUAGCGUGAUGUUCACGGACUGCGGGGAGUCCGUCACGUUGAUGGGAUGCGGAUAUGUGCUGCCGUGCAACAAUAUUGACAAGCCUCUUGCUG